AUGUUACAUCCCCCCUCCACCACCAAACCGAUUCCCGAAGCACCAGUACGGAAUCAGAAAUCUAAAUCAAAUCCAAAUGCAACAACCUUGUUGCAUACCCAAUCAACUGCACCUACCUCCAGUCAAACCCGACAUCCAAUUUUCGACAUCACUGAAGGAAAGGUUUCCUGCGAGGAGGCAUCUAUUUCUUCGACCGACAGUGAUUCUCAUAUCCAAGCCAACUUUUCAACCAACAACGAAAAGACAUUGCUUCCCACAGCCCAAGUACACAUCGAGCAUUUGGGCCAACUUUUCCCGUUAAGAGCUUUAAUAGAUCAAGGCUCUCAAAAAACCUUCAUCGCGGAAAUGGUUCAAAAUCAUCUAAGACUCCCAACUAAUCGAGAAAAUUUUUCAGUUACCGGCAUGGGUGGAAAGAUUGUGGAAAACGCAACACGGGUUUGCAACAUUCGUCUCGUAGCCAAACGUCAUGACAUUCGCAUCGAUACCAAGGCUAUUGUUCUCCACAAAUUGACUAGCUUCUUACCCACUUCCCAAUUCAAAAAACCCCCACUUUCAGAUAUAAAAGGUCUGGACCUCGCCGACCCACACUUCUAUACUCCCGCUCAGAUCGACUUGGUAAUAGGUAGCGACCUAAUACCUGAAAUUCUUCUCGAAGAAGUCCAACACAAAGUUCUUGGCAGCCUUCUCGCGCAAAAUACAAUUUUUGGAUGGUACUUGAGCGGACCAUUACAAGCAACAAACUGCUCAACUUUUCACACUUAUGUUGCAGAGGAUUUGAGCGAAAGUCUUGAUUCUCAACUUAAGCGGUUCUGGGAAGUAGAGGAGAUCGCUGAAUCACAUCCUGCUUCAGCAGCAGAUGCGUAUUGCGAAAAGCUGUUUCACGACACCACCUAUCGGCAAACUGAUGGACGAUAUGUGGUCCGAUUGCCAUUCAAAUCGGAAUUCUCCUCUAAGCUGUCUCUAGGUCCAUCUCGUGCCCACGCAAUGAAGCAAGCGAUCCGAAUGGAGCACAUGCUCAAUAAGAAACCCGAGCUUAAGAAGGAGUAUAUUCGGGUCUUAGACGAAUAUCUGACCUUAGACCACAUGAAACCUAUCACUUCGGAUGAAAUUCACCAAAAUGAUAAUUACCACUCCUACUAUCUACCCCAUCACUCCGUCAUUAAACCCGACAGCAAAUCCACCAAAGUUCGCGUGGUAUUUAAUGCUUCCAAACCAUCAGCGUCCGGAGUGUCUCUAAAUGACAUUUUGCAUAUCGGUCCCACUUUACAAACAGACCUCAUGAUUGUAAUCUUAAAUUGGCGUUUGUACAGAUACGUCUUUAACGGCGACAUCCAAAAAAUGUACCGCCAAAUUCUGUUGCAUGAAGACGAUCAACAGUUUCAACGAAUUCUCUUCCGUAGAGAAAACGAGACCCAACUUAGAGAUUUCGCGCUUAAAACCGUAACAUUUGGGGUAAAUUGCGCACCAUAUCUCGCCAUCCGUACCUUGCACCAAGAAGCCAAGAGAAUUCUAACCGAAGAAACUUAUGUCGAUGACAUACUGACUGACGGGCACGAUAUUCCUACUUGUCUCACCACACAAUCCCAAAUUAUCCAAUGUUUGCUCUCAGCCGGUCUGCCUUUGAAAAAAAUAACAGCUAAUCACCCCGAACUGCUUAAACACAUCCCGACCGAAGAUUUGCUCGAUUCCAAUUUUCUCAAACUUGAUUCCUCUAGCUCUACCAAAACUCUUGGCAUUCGUUGGAAUGCCUUAAACGAUGCAUUCUCUUAUUCAACCGAGCCCAUCCAACCAACUACAAGUGCUACUAAGCGGCAAAUUUUAUCCUCGGUUUCGAAACUUUUUGACCCCGCAGGGUGGCUAGCGCCUAUUAUUAUUCAGGCAAAAAUACUCUUGCAGCAGAUAUGGUUGGAUGGCACUGCAUGGGACGAAUGCGUUAAACCACUCUCACUUCAAAAGUGA